ACUAUAGAAGUUUCACUUUUGCUCGAUCUGGAACACAGGAUUAUACGGAAACGACUCCAAUUUGUGAGUGGGAACAAUCAGGAGCUGUGUCAGUCAGUUGCUGCAGUGUGCUUCUGUAGGCUACGGACUUUCGGUAGUGUGGUUGUUGAAUUUGAAUUAAUGGACCAAGACAUAGCGACUGACAUGGCAGCUGGUGUUGUGACCUCUCAUCAUGGAGAGGAGCACCAUCUCUCAGAGCUGAGGAUUGUGCUGCUGGGGGGGAGACGGAAUGGAAAGAGUUCAGCAGGAAACACCAUCCUGGGCAGAGAGGAGUUUGAGUCUGGAGUAAGAACUGCACAGUGUGUGAAGAGACAGGGUGAAGUAGCUGGGAGACAGGUCACUGUGGUCGACACACCAGGCUGGUGGAAGACAUAUUCUGUGAAUGACACUGCAGAGCUGGAUAAACAGGAGAUUGUGCGCAGUGUGUCUCUGUGUCCCCCGGGACCCUGCGCUCUCUUCCUGGUCAUUAAUGUGAGCUCAGCCUUCAGAGAGGAACACAGAAGAUCAGCGGUGGAACACCUGGAGCUUCUCAGUGACAGAGUCUGGAGACACACUGUAGUGCUGUUCACCAGGGGAGACUGGCUGGGAGACACAACCAUUGAGCAGCACAUUGAGACUGAAGGGAGGGCCCUCCAAGAGCUCAUAGAGAAAUGUGGGAACAGGUAUCAUGUUCUCAACAAUAAGAACAGGACUGAUGGGACUCAGGUCACAGAGCUGCUGGAGAAGAUAGAGGAGAUGAUGGCAGGGCAUGGAGGCUCUCACUAUGAAGUAGAUAGAAUGCUCUUACAGGAGGUGGAAGAGAAGAGGAGUGCAGUGGAACAGCGAGUGAAACAGAGGAUGACGAAGGUUCAGAUGCAGAGAGAGACUCUCAGAGCACUUUUUGAGGGGGAGGAGCACCGUCUCUCAGAGCUGAGGAUUGUGCUGCUGGGGGGGAGACGGAGUGGGAAGAGUUCAGCAGGAAACACCAUCCUGGGCAGAGAGGAGUUUGAGUCUGGAAUAAGAACUGCACAGUGUGUGAAGAGGAAGGGUGAAGUAACUGGGAGACAGGUCACUGUGGUCGACACACCAGGCUGGUGGUUGACAUAUUCUGUGAAGAACACUGCAGAGCUGGAUAAACAGGAGAUUGUGCGCAGUGUGUCUUUGUGUCCCCCGGGACCCUGCGCUCUCUUCCUGGUCAUUGAUGUGAGCUCAGCCUUCAGAGAGGAACACAGAAGAUCAGUGGUGGAACACCUGGAGCUUCUCAGUGAGAGAGUUUGGAGACACGCUAUAGUGCUGUUCACCAGGGGAGACUGGCUGGGAGACACAACCAUUGAGCAGCGCAUUGAGACUGAAGGGAGGGCCCUCCAAGAGCUCAUAGAGAAAUGUGGGAACAGGUAUCAUGUUCUCAACAAUAAGAACAGGGCUGAUGGGACUCAGGUCCCAGAGCUGCUGGAGAAGAUAGAGGAGAUGAUGGCAGGGCAUGGAGGCUCUCACUAUGAAGUAGAUAGAAUGCUCUUACAGGAGGUGGAAGAGAAGAGGAGGGCAGUUGGAGAACGAAUGAAACAGAGAAUGACAAAGGUUCAGAAUCAGAGAAAAACUCUCAGAGCACUUUUUGAGGGGGAGGAGCACCGUCUCUCAGAGCUGAGGAUUGUGCUGCUGGGGGGGAGAUGGAGUGGGAAGAGUACAGCAGGAAACACCAUCCUGGGCAGAGAGGAGUUUGAGUCUGGAGUAAGAACUGCACAGUGUGUAAAGAGACAGGGUGAAGUAGCUGGGAGACAGGUCACUGUGGUCGACACACCAGGCUGGUGGGUGACAUAUUCUGUGAAGGACACUGCAGAGCUGGAUAAACAGGAGAUUGUGCGCAGUGUGUCUCUGUGUCCCCCGGGACCUUGCGCUCUCUUCCUGGUCAUUAAUGUGAGCUCAGCAUUCAGAGAGAAACACAGGAGAUCAGUGGUGGAACACCUGGAGCUUCUCAGUGAGAGAGUCUGGAGACACACUAUAGUGCUGUUCACCAGGGGAGACUGGCUGGGAGACACAACCAUUGAGCAGCACAUUGAGACUGAAGGGAGGGCCCUCCAAGAGCUCAUAGAGAAAUGUGGGAACAGGUAUCAUGUUCUCAACAAUAAGAACAGGGCUGAUGGGACUCAGGUCACAGAGCUGCUGGAGAAGAUAGAGGAGAUGAUGGCAGGGCAUGGAGGCUCUCUCUAUGAAGUAGAUAGAAUGCUCUUACAGGAUGUGGAAGAGAAGAGGAGUGCAGUGGAACAGCGAGUGAAACAGAGGAUGACGAAGGUUCAGAUGCAGAGAAAGACUCUCAGAGCACUUUUUGAGGGAGAGGAGCACCGUCUCUCAGAGCUGAGGAUUGUGCUGCUGGGGGGGAGACUGAGUGGGAAGAGUUCAGCAGGAAACACCAUCCUGGGCAGAGAGGAGUUUGAGUCUGGAAUUAGAACUGCACAGUGUGUGAAGAGACAGGGUGAAGUAGCUGGGAGACAGGUCACUGUGGUCGACACACCAGGCUGGUGGAAGACAUAUUCUGUUAUGGACACCACAGAGCUGGAUAAACAGGAGAUUGUGCGCAGUGUGUCUCUGUGUCCCCCGGGACCCUGCGCUCUCUUCCUGGUCAUUAAUGUGAGCACAGUGUUCAGAGAUACAGAGAAGAAAUCAGUGGUGGAACACCUGGAGCUUCUCAGUGAGAGAGUCUGGAGACACACUAUAGUGCUGUUCACCAGGGGAGACUGGCUGGGAGACACAACCAUUGAGCAGCACAUUGAGACUGAAGGGAGGGCCCUCCAAGAGCUCAUAGAGAAAUGUGGGAACAGGUAUCAUGUUCUCAACAAUGAGAACAGGGCUGAUGGGACUCAGGUCACAGAGCUGCUGGAGAAGAUAGAGGAGAUGAUGGCAGGGCAUGGAGACUCUCUCUAUGAAGUAGAUAGAAUGCUCUUACAGGAGGUGGAAGAGAAGAGGAGAGCAGUGGAACAGCGAGUGAAACAGAGGAUGACGAAGGUUCAGAUGCAGAGAAAGACUCUCAGAGCACUUUUUGAGGGGGAGGAGCACCGUCUCUCAGAGCUGAGGAUUGUGCUGCUGGGGGGGAGUCUGAGUGGGAAGAGUUCAGCAGGAAACACCAUCCUGGGCAGAGAGGAGUUUGAGUCUGGAAUAAGAACUGCACAGUAUGUGAAGAGACAGGGUGAAGUAGCUGGGAGACAGGUCACUGUGGUCGACACACCAGGCUGGUGGAAGAAUUAUUCUGUGAAGGACACCACAGAGCUGGAGAAACUGGAGAUUGUGCGCAGUGUGUCUCUGUGUCCCCCGGGACCCUGCGCUCUCUUCCUGGUCAUUAAUGUGAGCUCAGCGUUCAGAGAUACAGAGAAGAAAUCAGUGGUGGAACACCUGGAGCUUCUCGGUGAGAGAGUCUGGAGACACACUAUAGUGCUGUUCACCAGGGGAGACUGGCUGGGAGACACAACCAUUGAGCAGCACAUUGAGACUGAAGGGAGGGCCCUCCAAGAGCUCAUAGAGAAAUGUGGGAACAGGUAUCAUGUUCUCAACAAUGAGAACAGGGCUGAUGGGACUCAGGUCACAGAGCUGCUGGAGAAGAUAGAGGAGAUGAUGGCAGGGCAUGGAGGCUCUCACUGUGAAAUAGAUAGAAUGCUCUUACAGGAGGUAGAAGAGAAGAGGAGGACAGUGGAAGAACGAGUGAAACAGAGGAUGACGAAGGUUCAGAAUCAGAGAAAAACUCUCAGAGCACUUUUUGAGGGGGAGGAGCACCGUCUCUCAGAGCUGAGGAUUGUGCUGCUGGGGGGGAGACGGAGUGGGAAGAGUUCAGCAGGAAACACCAUCCUGGGCAGAGAGGAGUUUGAAUCUGGAAUAAGAACUGCACAGUGUGUGAUGAGACAGGGUGAAGUAGCUGGGAGACAGGUCACUGUGGUUGACACACCAGGCUGGUGGGUGACAUAUUCUGUGAAGGACACUGCAGAGCUGGAUAAACAGGAGGUUGUGCGCAGUGUGUCUCUGUGUCCCCCGGGACCCUGCGCUCUCUUCCUGGUCAUUAAUGUGAGCUCAGCAUUCAGAGAUACAGAGAAGAGAUCAGUGAUGGAACACCUGGAGCUUCUCAGUGAGAGAGUCUGGAGACACACUAUAGUGCUGUUCACCUGGGGAGACUGGCUGGGAGACACAACCAUUGAGCAGCACAUUGAGACUGAAGGGAGGGACCUCCAAGAGCUCAUAGAGAAAUGUGGGAACAGGUAUCAUGUUCUCAACAAUGAGAACAGGGCUGAUGGGACUCAGGUCACAGAGCUGCUGGAGAAGAUAGAGGAGAUGAUGGCAGGGCAUGGAGGCUCUCACUAUGAAAUAGAUAAAAUGCUCUUACAGGAGGUGGAAGAGAAGAGGAGGUCAUUGGAACAGCAAGUGAAACAGAGGAUGACGAAGGUUCAGAAUCAGAGAAAGACUCUCAGAGCACUUUUUGAGGGGCAGGAGCACCAUCUCUCAGAGCUGAGGAUUGUGCUGCUGGGGGAGGAUGAGAGUGGGAAGAGUUCAGCAGGAAACACCAUCCUGGGCAGAGAGGAGUUUGAGUCUGGAGUAAGAACUGCACAGUGUGUGAAGAGACAGGGUGAAGUAGCUGGGAGACAGGUCACUGUGGUCGACACACCAGGCUGGUGGGUGACAUAUUCUGUGAAGGACACUGCAGAGCUGGAGAAACAGGAGAUUGUGCGCAGUGUGUCUCUGUGUCCCCCGGGACCCUGCACUCUCUUCCUGGUCAUUGAUGUGAGCUCAGCAUUCAGAAAGGAACACAGGAGAUCAGUGGUGGAACACCUGGAGCUUCUCAGUGACAGAGUCUGGAGACACACUAUAGUGCUGUUCACCAGGGGAGACUGGCUGGGAGACACAACCAUUGAGCAGCACAUUGAGACUGAAGGGAGGGCCCUCCAAGAGCUCAUAGAGAAAUGUGGGAACAGGUAUCAUGUUCUCAACAAUGAGAACAGGGCUGAUGGGACUCAGGUCACAGAGCUGCUGGAGAAGGUAGAGGAGAUGGUGGCAGGGCAUGGAGGCUCUCACUAUGAAGUAGAUAGCAUGCUCUUACAGGAGGUGGAAGAGAAGAGGAGGGCAGUGGAACAGCGAGUGAAACAGAGGAUGACGAAGGUUCAGAUGCAGAGAAAGACUCUCAGAGCACUUUUUGAGGGGGAGGAGCACCGUCUCUCAGAGCUGAGGAUUGUGCUGCUGGGGGGGAGACGGAGUGGGAAGAGUUCAGCAGGAAACACCAUCCUGGGCAGAGAGGAGUUUGAGUCUGGAGUAAGAACUGCACAGUGUGUGAAGAGACAGGGUGAAGUAGCUGGGAGACAGGUCACUGUGGUCGACACACCAGGCUGGUGGAAUAAUUAUUCUGUGAAUGACACUGCAGAGCUGGAUAAACAGGAGAUUGUGCACAGUGUGUCUCUGUGUCCCCCGGGACCCUGCGCUCUCUUCCUGGUCACUAAUGUGAGCAAAGUGUUCAGUGAUACAGAGAGGAGAUCAGCGGAGGAACACCUGCAUCUUCUCAGUGAGAGAGUCUGGAGGCACACUAUAGUGCUGUUCACCAGGGGAGACUGGCUGGGAGACAGAACCAUUGAGCAGCACAUUGAGACUGGAGGGAGGGCCCUCCAAGAGCUCAUAGAGAAAUGUGGGAACAGGUAUCAUGUUCUCAACAAUAAGAACAGGGCUGAUGGGACUCAGGUCACAGAGCUGCUGGAGAAGAUAGAGGAGAUGAUGGCAGGGCAUGGAGGCUCUCUCUAUGAAAUAGAUAGAAUGCUCUUACAGGAGGUGGAAGAGAAGAGGAGUGCAGUGGAACAGCGAGUGAAACAAAGGAUGACGAAGGUUCAGAUGCAGAGAAAGAUUCUCAGAGCACUUUCUGAGGGGGAGGAGCACCGUCUCUCAGAGCUGAGGAUUGUGCUGCUGGGGGACAGACGGAGUGGGAAGAGUUCAGCAGGAAACACCAUCCUGGGCAGAGAGGAGUUUAAGUCUGGAAUAAGAGCUGCACAGUGUGUGAAGAGACAGGGUGAAGUAGCUGGGAGACAGGUCACUGUGGUCGACACACCAGGCUGGUGGAAGACAUAUUCUGUGAAGGACACGGCAGAGCUGGAUAAACAGGAGAUUGUGCGCAGUGUGGCUCUGUGUCCCCCGGGACCCUGCGCUCUCUUCCUGGUCAUUGAUGUGAGCUCAGCGUUCAGAGAUACAGAGAAGAAAUCAGUGGUGGAACACCUGGAGCUUCUCAGUGAGAGAGUCUGGAGACACACUAUAGUGCUGUUCACCAGGGGAGACUGGCUGGGAGACAGAACCAUUGAGCAGCACAUUGAGGCUAAAGGGAGGGCCCUCCAAGAGCUCAUAGAGAAAUGUGGGAACAGGUAUCAUGUUCUCAACAAUGAGAACAGGGCUGAUGGGACUCAGGUCACAGAGCUGCUGGAGAAGAUAGAGGAGAUGAUGGCAGGGCAUGGAAGCUGUCUCUAUGAAUUAGAUAGAAUGCUCUUCCAGGAGGUGGAAGAGAAGAGGAGGGCAGUGGAACAGCGAGUGAAACAGAGGAUGAUGAAGGUUCAGAUGCAGAGAAAGACUCUCAGAGCACUUUUUGAGGGGGAGGAGCACCGUCUCUCAGAGCUGAGGAUUGUGCUGCUGGGGGGGAGAUGGAGUGGGAAGAGUUCAGCAGGAAACACCAUCCUGGGCGGAGAGGAGUUUGAGUCUGGAAUAAGAACUGCACAGUGUGUGAAGAGACAGGGUGAAGUAGCUGGGAGACAGGUCACUGUGGUCGACACACCAGGCUGGUGGAAGAAUUAUUCUGUGAAUGACUCUGCAGAGCUGGAUAAACAGGAGGUUGUGCGCAGUGUGUCUCUGUGUCCCGCGGGACCCUGCGCUCUCUUCCUGGUCAUUAAUUUGAGCGCAGCUUUCAGAGAGGAACACAGGAGAUCAGUGGUGGAACACCUGGAGCUUCUCAGUGAGAGAGUCUGGAGACACACUAUAGUGCUGUUCACCUGUGGAGACUGGCUGGGAGACACAACCAUUGAGCAGAGCAUUGAGACUGAAGGGAGGGCCCUCCAAGAGCUCAUAGAGAAAUGUGGGAACAGGUAUCAUGUUCUCAACAAUGAGAACAGGGCUGAUGGGACUCAGGUCACAGAGCUGCUGGAGAAGAUAGAGGAGAUGAUGGCAGGGCAUGGAGGCUCUCACUAUGAAGUAGAUAGAAUGCUUUUACAGGAGGUGGAAGAGAAGAGGAGUGCAGUGGAACAGCGAGUGAAACAGAGGAUGACGAAGGUUCAGAUGCAGAGAAAGACUCUCAGAGCACUUUUUGAGGGGGAGGAGCACCGUCUCUCAGAGCUGAGGAUUGUGCUGCUGGGGGGGAGAUGCAGUGGGAAGAGUUCAGCAGGAAACACCAUCCUGGGCAGAGAGGAGUUUGAGUCUGGAAAAAGAACAGCACAGUGUGUGAAGAGACAGGGUGAAGUAGCUGGGAGACAGGUCACUGUGGUGGACACACCAGGCUGGUGGAGUGAUUAUUCUGUGAAUAGCACUGCAGAGCUGGAUAAGCAGGAGAUUAUGCACAGUGUUUCUCUGUGUCCCCCGGGACCCUGCUCUCUCUUCCUGGUCAUUAAUGUGAGCUCAGCCUUCAGAGAGGAACACAGAAGAUCAGCGGUGGGACACCUGGAGCUUCUCAGUGAGCGAGUCUGGAGACACACUAUAGUGCUGUUCACCUGUGGAGACUGGCUGGGAGACACAACCAUUGAGCAGCGCAUUGAGACUGAAGGGAGGGCCCUCCAAGAGCUCAUAGAGAAAUGUGGGAACAGGUAUCAUGUUCUCAAUAAUGUGAACAGGGCUGAUGGGACUCAGGUCACAGAGCUGCUGGAGAAGAUAGAGGAGAUGAUGGCAGGGCAUGGAGGCUCUCACUAUGAAGUAGAUAGAAUGCUUUUACAGGAGGUGGAAGAGAAGAGGAGUGCAGUGGAACAGCGAGUGAAACAGAGGAUGACAAAGGUUCAGAUGCAGAGAAAGACUCUCAGAGCACUUUUUGAGGGGGAGGAGCACCGUCUCUCAGAGUUGAGGAUUGUGCUGCUGGGGGGGAGACUGAGUGGGAAGAGUUCAGCAGGAAACACCAUCCUGGGCAGAGACGAGUUUGAGUCUGGAAUAAGAACUGCACAGUGUGUGAAGAGACAGGGUGAAGUAGCUGGGAGACAGGUCACUGUGGUGGACACACCAGGCUGGUGGAAUAAUUAUUCUGUGAAUAGCACUGCAGAGCUGGAUAAGCAGGAGAUUGUGCGCAGUGUGUCUCUGUGUCCCCUGGGACCCUGCGCUCUCUUCCUGGUCAUUAAUGUGAGCUCAGCCUUCAGAGAGGAACACAGGAGAUCAGCGGUGGAACACCUAGAGCUUCUCAGUGACAGAGUCUGGAGACACACUAUAGUGCUGUUCACCUGUGGAGACUGGCUGGGAGACACAACCAUUGAGCAGCGCAUUGAGACUGAAGGGAGGGCCCUCCAAGAGCUCAUAGAGAAAUGUGGGAACAGGUACCAUGCUCUCAACAAUAAGAACAGGGCUGAUGGGACUCAGGUCACAGAGCUGCUGGAGAAGAUAGAGGAGAUGGUAGCCAGGAACACAGGUGUUCCCUUCAGUAUAGAGGAGAGAGACAGAGACGGCAAAUUUACAGGAAAGAAAAUGGUUCAACAGAAGAGCUUUGAAGAGGAAUGGAGCAGAAGGGAGGAGGAGCUGAUAGAGAGAAUGUCAAAGAUUGUGGUUGACUCAAAGAAAGAGGGAUCCACACUGCCAUUCAAGAGGAGAAGCAGCUUGGAUCUUCCACCUUCUUUGAGUGGAGGGACUCCAGCCCCCUCUGAAGCAGGCAGCUCUAUGUGGGAUUCCCAUCCAGCUCUGAAACUUUCCAGUAGGAAGGUGUCAUGGUGGCUGAAAAGGAGUAAACCAGAGAGUUCAGCAUCAUCUGGAUACGGAACACUGAGUUCUGUAGUGAGUGAAGCAGAGGAGCCUGACAGGGUGACCCUGGAAGAGGACAGUAUGAAAAUGGACCAAGACAGAGGGACUGACAUGGCAGCUGGUGGUGUGAUCCCUCAUCAUGGGGAGGAGCACCGUCUCUCAGAUCUGAGGAUUGUGCUGCUUGGGGGGAGACUGAGUGGGAAGAGUUCAGCAGGAAACACCAUCCUGGGCAGAGAGGAGUUUGAGUCUGGAGUAAGAACUGCACAGUGUGUGAAGAGACAGGGUGAAGUAGCUGGGAGACAGGUCACUGUGGUCGACACACCAGGAUGGUGGAUAGAGUAUUCUGUGAAUGACACUGCAGAGCUGGAUAAACAGGAGAUUGUGCGCAGUGUGUCUCUGUGUCCCCCGGGACCCUGCGCUCUCUUCCUGGUCAUUAAUGUGUGCAAAGUGUUCAGCGAUCCAAAGAAGAGAUCAGUGGUGGAUCACCUGGAGCUUCUCAGUGAGCGAGUCUGGAGACACACUAUAGUGCUGUUCACCAGGGGAGACAGGCUGGGAGACACAAUCAUUGAGCAGCACAUUGAGACUGGAGGGAGGGCCCUCCAAGAGCUCAUAGAGAAAUGUGGGAACAGGUAUCAUGUUCUCAACAAUAAGAACAGGGCUGAUGGGACUCAGGUCACAGAGCUGCUGGAGAAGAUAGAGGAGAUGAUGGCAGGGCAUGGAGGCUCUCUCUAUGAAAUAGAUAGAAUGCUCUUACAGGAGGUGGAAGAGAAGAGGAGGGCAGUGGAACAGCGAGUGAAACAGAGGAUGACGAAGGUUCAGAAUCAGAGAAAGACUCUCAGAGCACUUUUUGAGGGGGAGGAGCACCGUCUCUCAGAGCUGAGGAUUGUGCUGCUGGGGCGGAGACAGAGUGGGAAGAGUUCAGCAGGAAACACCAUCCUGGGCAGAAAGGAGUUUGAGUCUGGAGUAAGAACUGCACAGUGUGUGAAGAGACAGGGUGAAGUAGCUGGGAGACAGGUCACUGUGGUCGACACACCAGGCUGGUGGAAGAGUUAUUCUGUGAAGGACACCACGGAGCUGGAUAAACAGGAGAUUGUGCGCAGUGUGUCUCUGUGUCCCCCGGGACCCUGCGCUCUCUUCCUGGUCAUUAAUGUGAGCUCAGUGUUCAGAGAUACAGAGAAGAAAUCAGCGGUGGAACACCUGGAGCUUCUCAGUGAGAGAGUCUGGAGACACACUAUAGUGCUGUUCACCAGGGGAGACUGGCUGGGAGACACAACCAUUGAGCAUCGCAUUGAGACUGAAGGGAGGGCCCUCCAAGAGCUCAUAGAGAAAUGUGGGAACAGGUAUCAUGUUCUCAACAAUGAGAACAGGGCUGAUGGGACUCAGGUCACAGAGCUGCUGGAGAAGAUAGAGGAGAUGAUGGCAGGGCAUGGAGGCUCUCUCUAUGAAAUAGAUAGAAUGCUCUUACAGGAGGUGGAAGAGAAGAGGAGGACAGUGGAAGAACGAGUGAAACAGAGGAUGAUGAAGGUUCAGAAUCAGAGAAAAACUCUCAGAGCACUUUUUGAGGGGGAGGAGCACCGUCUCUCAGAGCUGAGGAUUGUGCUGCUGGGGUGGAGACGGAGUGGGAAGAGUUCAGCAGGAAACACCAUCCUGGGCAGAGAGGAGUUUGAGUCUGGAGUAAGAACUGCACAGUGUGUGAAGAAACAGGGUGAAGUAGCUGGGAGACAGGUCACUGUGGUCGACACACCAGGCUGGUGGAAGAAUUAUUCUGUGAAGGACACCACAGAGCUGGAUAAACAGGAGAUUGUGCGCAGUGUGUCUCUGUGUCCCCCGGGACCCUGCGCUCUCUUCUUGGUCAUUAAUGUGAGCUCAGUGUUCAGAGAUACAGAGAAGAAAUCAGCGGUGGAACACCUGGAGCUUCUCAGUGAGAGAGUCUGGAGACACACUAUAGUGCUGUUCACCAGGGGAGACUGGCUGGGUGACACAACCAUUGAGCAUCGCAUUGAGACUGAAGGGAGGGCCCUCCAAGAGCUCAUAGAGAAAUGUGGGAACAGGUAUCAUGUUCUCAACAAUGAGAACAGGCCUGAUGGGACUCAGGUCACAGAGCUGCUGGAGAAGAUAGAGGAGAUGAUGGCAGGGCAUGGAAGCUCUCUCUAUGAAAUAGAUAGAAUGCUCUUACAGGAGGUGGAAGAGAGGAGGAAGGCAGUGGAAGAACGAGUGAAACAGAGGAUGAUGAAGGUUCAGAAUCAGAGAAAAACUCUCAGAGCACUUUUUGAGGGGGAGGAGCACCGUCUCUCAGAGCUGAGGAUUGUGCUGCUGGGGCGGAGACAGAGUGGGAAGAGUUCAGCAGGAAACACCAUCCUGGGCAGAAAGGAGUUUGAGUCUGGAAAAAGAACAGCACAGUGUGUGAAGAGACAGGGUGAAGUAGCUGGGAGACAGGUCACUGUGGUCGACACACCAGGAUGGUGGAUAGAGUAUUCUGUGAAUGACACUGCAGAGCUGGAUAAACAGGAGAUUGUGCGCAGUGUGUCUCUGUGUCCCCCGGGACCCUGCGCUCUCUUCCUGGUCAUUAAUGUGUGCAAAGUGUUCAGCGAUCCAAAGAAGAAAUCAGCGGUGGAACACCUGGAGCUUCUCAGUGAGAGAGUCUGGAGACACACUAUAGUGCUGUUCACCAGGGGAGACUGGCUGGGUGACACAACCAUUGAGCAUCGCAUUGAAACUGAAGGGAGGGCCCUCCAAGAGCUCAUAGAGAAAUGUGGGAACAGGUAUCAUGUUCUCAACAAUGAGAACAGGACUGAUGGGACUCAGGUCACAGAGCUGCUGGAGAAGAUAGAGGAGAUGAUGGCAGGGCAUGGAGGCUCUCUCUAUGAAAUAGAUAGAAUGCUCUUACAGGAGGUGGAAGAGAGGAGGAAGGCAGUGGAAGAACGAGUGAAACAGAGGAUGAUGAAGGUUCAGAAUCAGAGAAAAACUCUCAGAGCACUUUUUGAGGGGGAGGAGCACCGUCUCUCAGAGCUGAGGAUUGUGCUGCUGGGGUGGAGACGGAGUGGGAAGAGUUCAGCAGGAAACACCAUCCUGGGCAGAGAGGAGUUUGAGUCUGGAGUAAGAACUGCACAGUGUGUGAAGAGACAGGGUGAAGUAGCUGGGAGACAGGUCACUGUGGUCGACACACCAGGCUGGUGGAAGAGUUAUUCUGUGAAGGACACCACAGAGCUGGAGAAACAGGAGAUUGUGCGCAGUGUGUCUCUGUGUCCCCCGGGACCCUGCGCUCUCUUCCUGGUCAUUGAUGUGAGCUCAGCGUUCAGAGAUACAGAGAAGAAAUCAGUGGUGGAACACCUGGAGCUUCUCAGUGAGAGAGUCUGGAGACACACUAUAGUGCUGUUCACCAGGGGAGACUGGCUGGGAGACACAACCAUUGAGCAUCGCAUUGAAACUGAAGGGAGGGCCCUCCAAGAGCUCAUAGAGAAAUGUGGGAACAGGUAUCAUGUUCUCAACAAUGAGAACAGGCCUGAUGGGACUCAGGUCACAGAGCUGCUGGAGAAGAUAGAGGAGAUGGUAGCCAGGAACAAGAGUGUUCCCUUCUCUGUAGCCGAGAGAGACAGAGAUGGCAAGUAUGAAAGAAAGAAAAUGGUUCAAGAGGAGAGCUUUGAGGAGGAAUGGAGCAGAAGAGAGGAGGAGCUGAUAGAGAGAAUGUCAAAGAUUGUGGUUGACUCAAAGAAAGAGGGAUCCACACUGCCAUUCAAGAGGAGAAGUAGCUUCGAUUAUAUUCCGCCGUCCUUGAGUGGAGGGACUCCAGCCCCCUCUGAAGCAGGCAGCUCUGUGUGGGAUUAUCAAUCUGCUCAUGAGGUUUCCAGUAAGAAGGUGUCAUGGUGGCUGAAAAGGAGUAAACCAGAGAGUUCAGCAUCAUCUGGAUACGGAACACGGAGUUCUGUAGUGAGUGAAGCAGAGGAGCCUGACAGGGUGACACUGGAAGAGGACAGUGUAGGUGACACACCACACUAA